AUGUAUUUCGAUAAAUUGGCACUAAUCCUCGGCUCCGUGGCUAUUGACUCGCUCGUUUUAGCCGGUCCCGUCGAUGUCGAAAAGCGUUGGGGCAUCUCAUAUGGAAACCGUGGUGAUCAUGUCAAGGCAUAUCAAGACUGGCAGUCGGCCUCGUACGAUGCAGGAGGCGAUGCUCCGUCUUCCACUGCGUACAACGGGUAUAAUGGCGGCAGCAAUGAGGGAUCCAACACGGCAUCCGCAUCCAACAGCAGGCCUCCUCAACAGACUCCCCCUUUCAGCAGUGCUGCUCCUUUCCCAACCAGCGACUCGGGCGACAACCCGUUCAUCUUUCCUCUAUCCAACGGAUUCCCCAAUAUUGCAUCCCACUCUUCCCAGCUCAAUGACAUUGAGAACCAAGCCCACGGAACUCUCCCCAAUGGCCCACCUCCGCCAAACCGACCGGCGGACGACGAUCUGACAUCGCUGCGCCUAAUCGCGUUCAAUGAAUUGUGGGAAGUUGCUUUCUUCACUGAACUCCUUACCAACAUCACCCAGGAGGUGCCGGGAUACCAAUUCCAAGACCAGAUCCAAAAGCAAACCGUGAUCGACACCGUCACUGCCGUUCAAGCACAGGAAGAGCUUCACCUGCUCAAUGCCAACGGCGCCCUCGACCAUUUCAAGGCCGGCCCCAUCCAACCCUGCCAGUACAUCGCCGGAGUCGACAACUUCCAAGACGCCAUCAUGACAGCCGCCACCUUCACCGAUGUUGUCCUUGGCACCUUGGGCGAUGUUCAAACCCACUUCGGCGACAACGGAGAUUCCGGUCUCAUCGGCGGUGUCGCCGCCGUCAUCGGCCAAGAAGGCGAGCAGAAUGGCUUCUACCGCAAUCUGCUCCACGAGAUCCCCAGCGCCGCACCAUUCUUGACAGCCUCGACCCGUGAAUUCGCCUUCUCGGCCUUGAACCAAAACUUCGUCGUUCAGGGAUCUUGCCCCAACAUCAACACCAUCGACCUACCCGUCUUCGGCAAACUUAACCUCUUGACCAAGAACAUCCAAGCCCAGGAUCAGACUCUGCAAUUUUCCUUCUCGGCUACGGGCCAAUAUAGCCAGUGGGCCUCCGGCCAGGGAAUGAGCUUGGUCUACAUCAACCAGCAGAACGUGCCUGUUGUGGAGCCUCUCACCCAAGCCUCGACUAGCCAUGACGGCACCGUCACUUUCUCUGCCAAUUUCCCUUUCGUCGAGAACAAGAUGUUUGGCCUAACUAUCGCUGCUGUUGUCCAAGGAUCUGGUCCUUUCAACAAUGUCACCGCUGUCGCGGACGCCGCCAAGUUCGGGCCUGCUUUGAUUGAGAUCGACUAA